ACUUUUUUUUCUUUUGAUGCGUAAUAAAAGGAACGGUAACUCUACAUUGUUUACUCGACGAAGUGCAACGUGCAGGCCAACAUCACCGCUUUGUCUCCAAGAUGUCUACUGUUCUAAUUGCCGUGGACGAAAGUAAAUAUGCCGAAAAUGCUUUCAGAUGGUACGCGGCACACAUCCAUAAACCAACGAACAAGGUGAUACUGUUGCAUGCCAUGGAGAACAUCUUUAUUCCGGAGAUGAGGAAAUCUUCAUUUCCCUCCACAAUGAGUCCCGGGAGGAUUCAAGAACUCCAGAAAGAAAGUGACGAAAAAGCAAAGGCGCUCAAAGAAAAGUACGCCGUUAUGGCGGCAGGUCUGGGGAUUGAUGCUGAAGUCCGUGUUGAAAAGUCCGACAGUAAACCCGAACAUACCAUUGUGGACAUUGCGAACAAAGAGAAAGUCACGUGCGUCGUUACCGGAAGUAGAGGGAUGGGUCUUAUAAGGAGAACCAUUCUAGGUAGCACUAGCGACUUCAUCCUUCACCACACACUCUGCCCAGUGGCAGUAGUUAAGAUGGACGAGUAAAUGACCAGGAACAACUCAGAUUCUAUGUACACACUACCUUGUUUGUAAAACUUAAAAAUGGGUAACUCUUACUUGAUUUGUAUGUUGUUGUGUUCAAAUGCAUCCAUAGUAUGCUGGUAUUCUAAUUUUGAUUUUUUUUUAUUGAUUUAUUUAAGAUAUUUCCAUUGUGUAACUUUUUUAUAAAUAAAAUUGUUAAAAGCAUAUAA